AUGCCUAACUUCCAAGGACUCGACUUGACUGGCAAGACUGCCAUUUUCUUCCCUCUGCUCGACAUGACAAUAUCUAACACGACUUCCAAUAGAGGUAUUGGUGCUGCUAUCGCCAUUCUACUAGGUCAGCGUGGUGCCAACGUGGUUGUCAACUUCACCAGUGCCAACAGCAAGCAGCGCGCUAUAGAUGUUGCCCACAAGAUUGAGACGAACGGUUCCCGAGCCAUACUUUGCCAAGCAAGUGUAGCAAACGUCAAGGAAAUCUCCAAGAUUGUCGACGCAGCACUACAACUGAGCCAAAAUGGCAAGAUUGACAUCGUUAUUCACAAUGCCGCCCUCGGGGUUGACGCAAACCUCGACGAAGUCACGGAGGAACUUUUCCAAACACAUUUCGAUACCAACGUCAAGGGUCCUAUCUUCCUUACCAAAGCAGUUAUCCCCCAUAUUGCCAAAGGCGGCCGCGUAGUGUUUGUCUCUUCGGCCGCUGCUCGUCUUGGCGUCGCUGGCCAGACAGUCUACGGCGCGACGAAAGCUGCCAACGAAUCGUGCGCCCGGGUUUGGGCAAAGGAGCUCGGACAGUCACAUGGAAUCACUGUGAACUGUGUAAACCCUGGACCCGUUGCCACUGAUCAAUGGCAAGAGAGCGAUGAUCAGUUCAGACAAGACAUGCAGCCACUGAUUGAGUCUACACCGGCGGCGGCGAGAAUCGCCGAGGUGGAUGAUAUCGCGCCCCUUGUUGCUUUCUUGUGCACUGACAAUGCGCGAUGGGCUACGGGCUCUGUACUUUGCGCCAACGGUGGACUGUACAACUAA